AUGGGGAUGGUGGUGGGGUUUGGGGGUAGUGGGGGGGGGAUGGGUGGGGUUGUAGUGGUUGAGGAGGGUGUGGUGGUGUGGAAGUGGGGGUUGAGGUGUUUUGAGUGUUUAGGGUGUGGGAGUGUGGUGUGGGGUUGGGGGGGUUAUUGGGGGGGGGUUGGUAUGGUGUGGUGGGGUGUGGGGGGGGGUGGGUGGGGUGUGGUGGGGGGUGGGGGUUGGGGGGGGUGGGUGUUGGUGGGUGGGUGGGGGGUGGUGGGGGGGUGGUGUUGGGGGGUGGGGGGGGGGUGGUGGGGUGGGGGGGGGGGGGGGUUGGUGGGGUGGUGGGGGGGUGUGGUGUGGGUGGGUGGGGUGGGGUUGUUGUGUUGGGUUUUUGUUUAA